AUGGAAUUUUGUAAAAAUGAGAUUACUGAGUUAUUACAAAAGAAUAUAAUUAGGAAAAGUAAGUCCCCUUGGUCGUGUCCUGCUUUCUAUGUUCAGAAAAAUGCUGAGUUAGAACGAGGUGUCCCAAGAUUAGUUAUCAAUUAUAAGCAUCUUAAUUCUAUUUUAGAAUGGAUCAGAUAUCCUAUACCUAAUAAGAGAGAUUUAAUCAAUCGAUUAGGAAAAGCAGUGGUCUUCUCUAAGUUUGAUAUGAAAAGUGGUUUUUGGCAAAUCCAAAUUACUGAGUUUGAUAGAUAUAAGACUGCAUUUGUUACUCCUUUUGGUCACUAUGAGUCGAAUGUCAUGCCCUUCGGUCUUAAGAAUGCGCCCAGUGAGUUUCAAAAUAUAAUGAAUGAGAUUUUUAAUCCAUAUAGCCAUUUCUCCAUAGUCUAUAUUGAUGAUGUUCUCAUCUUUUCUGAGUCUAUAGAACAACAUUGGAAACAUUUGCAUAAGUUUCUUCAGAUAGUUAACCACAAUGGUUUAGUUGUCUCUGCUAAGAAAAUUAAGUUGUUUCAGACCAAUGUUAGAUUUCUUGGUUUCAAUAUUUGCCAGUCUCAAAUCCAUCAAAUUGGCAGAGUCAUUCAAUUUGCUGAUAAGUUCCCUGAUCAAAUUAUCGAUAAAAGCCAGUUGCAAAGAUUCUUAGGAUCAUUGAACUAUGUGUCUGAUUUCUAUCAAAAUCUGAGAAAACAAUAUAAGCUCUUAUUUAAUAGACUUCAAAAUAAUCCUCCUCCUUGGUCAUCUGUUCAUACUGAGAUUGUUAAGCAAAUCAAAAGUCAUGUUAAGUCUCUUCCUUGUCUUGGUAUUCCUGCUAUUGAUUCAUUCAAAAUAGUUGAAACUGAUGCCUCUGACACAGGUUAUGGUGGUAUUCUUAAACAGAAAAUUAGUUCAAAUUCCUCUGAGCAGAUUGUCUGA